AUGGCGGAUGGUGGCAAUUCCGAACCUAAGAACAGGGACCUUAUGGAGAUAAUGAAAACUACAGACUAUCGGGUGAAGAAGGGGGCCGAUCGAGUGAAGCGGGUUGAAGACAAGGUGGACGGGACGGACAUUCUGGCAGCGCAGAUGGCGUCACGAAUCGACGAGCUCGAGAAGGCGCGAGAAGCCAUGCGCGAUGAUAUUUCGUACCUCCAGUCGCAGAGCAUGAGGAACAAUCUUAUGUUCACCAGUGUUCCGGAAGACAACGCUUCAGGGAACGAGACGCCGGAAGUGACGGAGCUGCGCAUCAAAACAACCCAAACCAACGCCACAACCGGCACCAGCGCCAUCAUAACCAUCGCCACCACCGCCACCACCGGCCCCAUCAACAUCACUGACACAACCGACACCACUGACACCAUCGCCGUUGCGGUGAUGUUCGUGUCUAUAGCAAACACUAGCGCCAAUAAAACCACCACCACAACCGCCAUUACCGCAACCUUCGAAACCUUCGACACCUUCGAAACCACCGCAAAUACCACCAAGACAACCGCCGACACUGAUUACACUGACACAACCAUCGCCACCAAAACCACCAAAACUACUAACACCGUCGCCAUCAUAGAAACCACCGAAAACACCAAAACUACUGAAAUCAGCACCAUCACCGAAACCACUGACAACACCGCCUCAAGCGAUACCAUCGCACCAUCGACAACACCGAAACAAUCGCAACCACAACAAUCACCGCCAACAUCCAAACCACCAACAUCACCGCAACAAAUGACACCACAAUCACCGCAACCAACGAAACCACAAUCACCCAUGCCACCACCGAAACCACUGACACCAAUGAAAUCACAGCAACCAUCACCAGCACCACCACCACCAAAACCACUGACAUCAACGCCAUCACAUAAACAACAGGAACCACAGAAGGCAUGA